AUCUCCCCCCCCACUCCCCCACACUCCCCCUCCCCGGCCGCCCCGGGUAACACCGAUAGGUCGGACACGCCAUCUUGGCCGGGGGGGGGAUGGAAAAAGGCGAUUAUUUGUCGCACUUUCUGACGCGAUUUUCUAAAGCGACGAUAGAGGAACGUCUGGGAUGGCGACCCGCGCGCGCGCCGGCUGAUUGACGUGUUGGGCUUUUAAAAGGAGAGACGUGUCGGACGUCGGGACACGGCUGCGCCGACUAGAUAAUAACCGCGCUGCCCGCUCCGCUCCGCUCGGCUGAUAAGGAGGCGUCCGUUGCGCGUCUGCCUCGACCGCUCUUAAACGGACGUGGACGGACGUGCCGCGUCGGAUCCGUCGCUCCGCUUCGGCCUUUCCGCGCGAAUGGGGAAGGGGGUAUCGGAGCGCCCCCCCCCCCGGUCCGCCCGUCUUCGUUUGAAUGAAGGCUUUUAGGCUCGGACGACCGUGCUCGUUUGCCCCCCACCACCUACACAGGUCAGUGAUGGUCAGAGCUGGUUAGAGCCUGCGGCUGAGGAUGUCUGCUACAGAUUCGGACAACUCCAUUGACUGGUUGGCGAGUGACAAUGAGGUGGAGGAAAGCGAGCAGGAGCCUGACUGCCCCGGAAGACCCAGCCAGACACGCAUCUCGCCUUGUCCGAGUUCCCCCUCGCAACUAUGUGCAUCUGAGAGUGUCUGCUACAGAAGUGACGAUGUGAAGGGCGAUGAUAGCAACUGGAGCAAGGUCAGCAAGGACUCUAACUACAGGUCUCCCUUUGGCUGCACAGAGACAUACAACGGCGAUGACAGUGGGCCGUGUCAGGCACAGCGAGGAGAAAAGUCCUGCAGUAAAAACAGUCAUAAAGCACUGAAGAGACCUCACAGCUCCGUGGUGGAGGAGUGUAAGAGACGGCAGCUCAUUCUGAACCAGUCGGAGAAAGAUCGCAUUUUCACCAAUAAGUGCAUCGAAUUACAAUGCUAUAUUCAUCCAUUGUCAUCAAUCUUGAACGGACUUCGUUCGGGGAGAUACAGACAACGACUCAGCAGUUUCCAAGAGAGUGUGGCCAUGGACAGAAUACAGAGGAUCAUGGGUGUUCUGCAGAACCCCUGCAUGGGGGAGAAAUACAUCAAUAUCAUUCUGAAAAUGGAGGAAAUGCUGAAGAGCUGGUUCCCCAAUGUAAAACCCCGAGACCAACACACUGCCACCCAGACAGAGGAAGCUGUUCCUUCCAAGAAACUGAAGCUAUCUCCAGUGACCACAGCUCUAGCCAGUGAGGCAGAGAGCCCUGUCACCAUCGGUGCACCUCCAACGGUCACCAAAACCCUGAGAGUCACUGACCUCACUCCUCCCGGAGCCUAUUCGGCCAGCAACCUAAAGUGGCUCCACACUUCGCCCAUCUGCUCCCCCAUGGCAGAACAGGCCCCCACUGGCCCCAAGCACGUGCUGCCCCCCAGAGAUGGGGAGCUAAUGCAGGACAAUGUUGUGUCCUCCAGCACAGACAGCCACACUAAGACAGACUUCAUACCCAGAGGCCCCCCACUGGGCAAAAUCAAUGCGCCCUGCCUAGAGAGGCUUCUCAAGUCUACAGAGAGCAUCAUCACCCGCAAGGGGACGGGCAGUAUGAUAGGCAGCAGCUGGUCCUAGUCCAGAUAAACGGCUGGGUGGCCGGCUGUGUGCACAGCAUUGCCCAGCUUAGACUAGCCUAGCCUAGCCUUUCCUAUCCUGCCGGGAGCCAGUAAGCUCUCCUAGUCCAUUCCAGCCUUCAAGGACAGACAGAAGCUUUCAGACCCUUGGAUUCUGUAUAGAUACGGGAGGUGUGUCAGUGAACGUGUGCUCAGUAUGAAAAUAUGCCCUCUCUGGUAUGGCAAGUGUCUGCUUCAGUUCCCUUUGUUGACUUUUUUUUGUUUUGUUUUUUUUGUUUGCACUCUUGAAUUGUGUUUGUGAGAGUGGGAAGGACAAAAUUCACAUGCUGGGAUCUACGAAGCUAUGCUUUGUUAAUGAUUUCACAAAUGAGUUGUUCCCCCCCCCUGGCUUGUAGACGCAAUAGCAUAGUUUGAAUAUCUGUGAAACGGCCAUUUUGCCUGAAAGGGGAAAAAAAAAAGAAAAGAUUGCAAGACUAAUUUUGUUUGGGAACAUUUCAGAUGUUCAGACAUGUAAGAGGUCUCCAUACUUGUGAUAAAUAUUUGGGUGGAAUGUGAUUUUUUUUUUUUCUCUCUCUCUCUCCUCAUGAGUCCACUCUUACGUUUAUCGAUGUGACUGUUAUUCAUUUGUAUACUUAUAAAUAAGUCUUUUGGUACAACUGUUCUACCUCAGUGGGCACCACGUCAAGCUUAGUAGGUAGGAAUGUGAACGCUUCAAUCAAAGUCUGGACACCUCACAAGAUCUGCAGUGAGCCAAACAGCCUGUGAUGGCAAGGUCGAGAAUGCAAGCUACUCUGCGUGUACAAACAGAGGAUGCUCUCUCCUUGGACGAGGGCGUCUGUGGCCUGACUGGUGCCAUUGUAAAGAAUGUGAACUGCAGAUUUUUUUUCUUUUUUUUCCUCGAGUCUCCCAGUCGAAGGCAAUCAGUGCCUGUAAAGUCAAGCUGUGCCUGUAAACUGGUUUUAAUAAAGAGAGAAACCGUUCACAAUACCUGAUCCUCUUGGGGAUGUACAAAAAUCAGGAAUUCUCAGACUCCUGCCAUUUUCUGUAUCAAGUAAAUUAUUCAAAUCUUGCCAAUGACUUUCUGUGGUCAGGUAGGACAACUCCUUCCUUUUCGCCGCAGAACUGGACAGCGUGUUAGACCAGCAGAGAGGGACAAGGUAUUUCUCUGUGUAAAUGUUUUAAAAAGGUAAAUUUACCCUGAAAAGUGGCCUUUACAGUGUGAUAUUUUAUACUUUCAAAAUAAAUGUGGUUAUAUUUGUUUGACACAAACUGACUGCAGAUUAUUUAUGCACAUUUUUAUUUCCUGAAAUCAAAUAGUAUUUACUUAUUUCGAGACAGUUACUUCCUUAUGACAAAAUGUACUCAACAAUUGUGAUACUAGUCAAAUAAAAGGCGUCAUUUUCA